AUGGAAAACUAUGAGUCUCUAAACUUUGAUCUUCCAGAUGAAGAUGUGAUAGUAAUUGAGAAUGGAGGUGGAGAAAGUGAUGCGUGGAUCCUUUACUUUGAUAGUAUAAUAAAUGUAUCAGGAAAUAGGGUAGGAGAGAUAGUAAUUUCCCUAAAUAAGCAAUAUCUUGUUUCAAUAAAGUUAUUGUUUGAAUGUACCAAUAAUACGACUGAGUAUGAAGCUUGCAUUAUUGACCUGGAAGCUGCUUUAGAACUUAAAGCCAAGAAGCUUGAGGUCUUUGAGGAUUCCUUACUAAUCAUCUGCGAAGUCAAAGGUGAAUGGCAAACCAAGGAUGAGAAAUUGAAGUUGUACCAAAAUUAUCUCUUGAGAUUAGCUAAUGAAUUUGAAGAGAUCAAAUUCACCCACACAAGCAGAGAUAAGAAUCAGUUUGCUGAUGCCUUGGUAACCUUAGCUUUAAUGACACAAAUCGAUACUAGAAGCAAGAUCCAGCUAAUAGAUAUCGAAGUUAGAAGUUUCCAAGCCCAUUGUUACUCAAUUAAAGAAUCUCCAGAUGGGAAGCCUUGA